AUGCCCUUUGCGCAGCUAGUACUCGGCAGCCCCGGCUCGGGCAAGAGUACCUACUGCGAUGGCAUGCACCAGUUCAUGGGCGCCAUUGGGCGCGCGUGCUCCGUCGUGAACCUCGAUCCCGCCAACGACCACACAAACUACCCCUGCGCUCUCGAUAUCCGCGACCUGGUCAAGCUGGAGGACAUUAUGCGCGAAGACCGCUUGGGGCCCAAUGGCGGCAUUCUAUAUGCUCUCGAAGAGCUCGAGAACAACUACGAAUGGCUAGAGGAAGGCCUGAAAGAGCUUGGGGAAGACUACUUUCUGUUCGACUGUCCCGGUCAGGUCGAGCUCUACACGCACCACAACUCAUUACGAAACAUAUUCUACAAGCUCCAAAAGGAUCUUAAAUUCAGAUUUGUCUGCGUACAUCUCACGGAUAGCUAUUGCCUCACCCAGCCAUCCCUCUAUGUAUCCAACGUCCUCCUCUCGCUCCGAGCCAUGAUUCAGAUGGACAUGCCGCACGUCAAUGUGCUUUCCAAGAUUGACAAAGUGGCCUCGUAUGACGAGCUGCCGUUCAACCUGGAAUAUUAUACCGAUGUCGACGACCUCACAUACCUGACGCCGUACCUCGAGGCUGAGUCCCCCGGAAUGCGGAACGAGAAAUUCGGCCGACUGCACGAGGCGAUAGCGAAAAUGAUUGAGAACUACGGCCUGGUGCGGUACGAGGUCCUGGCAGUGGAGAAUAAGAAGAGCAUGAUGCAUCUGCUCCGUGUGAUUGAUCGCGCAGGAGGCUAUGUCUUUGGCGGCGCUGAAGGCGCCAAUGACACUGUAUGGGCCGUCGCCAUGAGAAAUGAAUCGUCGAUGCUCGAUGUGCAGGACGUGCAGGAGCGGUGGAUCGACCACAAGGAAGAGUACGACCGUCUCGAGCAAGAAGCCGAAGAAGAGGAGCGGAGGAGGGUAGCCGAGGCGAACGGGAUGGAUGUGGACGAAGCCGAGGCAGACCCAGCUCCCCCUUCCAAUCCAGAGGCAGAAUUUGACCCUGAUUUUGGCGAUAUGACGGUACCGGCGGACAGCGGUGUCAAGGUAGUUAGAAAGAAGAAGUAA